CUCCUGUGCCAGGUGUAGUCGAGGCUGGCGCCACUGUGGGCCCCACUCUAACUCCGCCACCCGGCCCCUGUAGCCCCGGAGGGGCCAGCGCAAGUCUCAUUUAUGCCGGGGCGGGCCCUGGGGUCGUCAUGCCCUAAGUCCCCGCCCUCGCGCGGCUUAGUGGCCUCUCCCUACAGCCCGUCGUAGUUGGCGGCGGCAUGGUCUUCUGUCUGGAGAACAAGGAGCCUCGCCGCCCGCUGCGAAGCGCCAUGGUCCAUUUCCAAGCCUCGGAAGUCCAGCAGCUACUACACAACAAGUUCGUGGUCAUCUUGGGGGACUCAAUCCAGCGGGCUGUGUACAAGGACCUGGUGCUCCUGCUCCAGAAAGACUCACUGCUCACAGCUGCCCAGUUGAAAGCCAAGGGGGAGCUGAGUUUUGAACAGGACCAGCUGGUGGCUGGCGGUCAGCUGGGCGAGCUGCACAACGGGACGCAGUACCGGGAGGUCCGCCAGUUCUGCUCAGGUUCUGGCCACCACCUUGUGCGAUUCUACUUCCUCACCCGCGUUUACUCUGAGUACCUCGAGGGAGUCCUGGAGGAGCUGACGUAUGGGCCUGCCCCAGACCUGGUGAUCAUCAACUCCUGCCUCUGGGAUCUCUCCAGGUAUGGCCGCUGCUCAAUGGAGAGCUACCGAGAGAACCUGGAGCGGGUGUUCGUGCGCAUGGACCAGGUGUUGCCAGACUCCUGCCUGCUGGUGUGGAACAUGGCAAUGCCCCUAGGGGAGCGUGUCACUGGGGGUUUCCUUCUGCCUGAGCUCCAGCCCCUGGCGGGCUCUCUGCGGCGGGAUGUGGUUGAAGGGAACUUCUACAGCGCUACACUGGCCGGGGACUACUGCUUCGAUGUCCUGGACCUCCACUUUCAUUUCCGGCAUGCAGUUCAGCACCGUCACCGGGACGGGGUCCACUGGGACCAGCAUGCCCACCGCCACCUCUCACACUUGCUUCUGAGCCACGUGGCCGAUGCCUGGGGUGUGGAGCUGCCCAAGCGUGGCUAUCUCCCUGAUCCAUGGACUGAAGACUGGCCAGAGCCGGAGCAUCUCUUCCAGGGGAGCCAGGGGCAGCCCCCAGACUUUGGGGAGCAGCUGGCCUUGCCCCCGCCCUCUCCCUUGCCCCCUCCCAUGCCUUUUCCGCACCCUCUCCCUCAGCCCUCCCCGCCUCCUCUGUUUCCACCCCUGCCCCAGGAUCCCCCUUUUUUCCCAGGCCAGCCCUUCCUACCCCAUGAAUUCUUCAAUUAUAAUCCAACGGAAGACUUCUCUAUGCCACCCCACUUAGGAUGUGGUCCUGGAGGGAACUUUGUGCCUGGCCCCCUGCCUCCUCCAGUCUCCAGCCCUAUCCCCCAAGGUCAGCAUCGGGGCCCGGUGGUCCACCGGGGGAUGCCGCGCUGUGCUCACAACAGCCCCUACCAUGUGCCGAGGAUGGGGGUGCCCUGCAAGCAGCGGCUCAGACACUCAGACAGGCUGAUCCACACAUACAAACUGGACAGACGGCCUCCUGCCCAUUCGGGGACAUGGCCCGUGUAGACUGGAUCUUGUGCUGGGGUGGAUGUGACAGUGGCCCUGCAGGGCCUGCUUGCAACCCCAGGUGCUGGGCCAGGGUGUCUCCUGUGCCUGGCAUUGUUCUUGUCCAUUGCUGUCACCAAUAAAAGCAUGGAAGAACAGA